GUGCUGCUGCAGCUCUGUGGUCCAGCUGUAGAAACGUCACUGUCCACCGGGGCUGGACACUUCUCAGGUUUCACUGCAGGCAGAGCCGAGCAGAGACUUUUUCACUUUACUGCUUCACGUCGACGAGUUCCCCCUCGGGGAGGGAGAGAAGGGAGGAGAAGGAGGGAGGAGGUGAGGGGAGGCUGGGCUCGCACUCAGCAGCCUGCACGAUCAAUCCUCAAAUCUGCAGGGAACAACAACGUAUUUGAAAUGUGCAGGAGUCAGGACUGCUGUUAACCUGAACUCCUGAGGUGACCUUUUCAAAAACCCAUAAAAGCCCGUGCGAGAAAAGACUUUUGCAAAGUUAAAAAACCAAACAAACUCUGGAGAGUAGAAGUGACUGACUGGUCUGUCCCGCAGCUGUAUCUUCAGCAGCAGCAGCGGCGGUGGACACUGGAGUGUCCUCUCUGCAAAACGGAAUGUUGGAGCGUUAGAUGAAGCUGCAGGGGAACGCACUCGACCAUGGGCUGGCGAGUGUGGUCAAAACGCUGCGGUGCUCAGAAAUGGCUGCUCCUCGCGUGUCCGCUCUUCGGCCUCCUCCUCAUGACGAUCACGCUGCCCUCCCCCUCUCUGCCCGUCGACAUUGACCGCCGCUCGUCCCGCGUCCUCAGCUCUGCCGGAGGGUUCAGAUCCAGGCGCAGGGUCAUGGAGCCUCCCCCGGACGCCGACACUGGCGUCCGGGGGAGGCACGUCACUCACCUCCACAGGACACAGUCAGCGUCACCUGCGCCCGCCGACGAUAACAGCACGAGGAGAGAGCAGGAGAGGAGGCACACAGACGCACACAGACAUAAACACACAAGCAGAGCGACGGCAGGCGCCAUCCAGAGCCCAGCCCAUCAUCAACGUCCCCGUCUCCCACAGUUUAUAGUCAACAGCACGGGGCCAAAGCAUAGAAUUAGACCAAGCGACCACAGUGCUGUGGUAAAACACACCGCUCAGACGCACACUCGAGCCGCCACGGCACUAAACCCCGCGCACGAUCAAAUCCUAAUAAGUGACAGACGACCUGCAGGCAGACAGACUGACACAAACAAAAUAAAUGGCAGCCGCACAAGAGUAAAACUCGCCGGACAUCAGCAGACUUUGGCUAAACAGGGGCAACAAGCAGCAAAGCACUCUGGGAAAUCUGAUAAAGUCAUUCAGAAGCAGCGGCCUGUCAGAAAUCCCCCGAGGGACCGUCCUCUCAGAAAACACCAGCGUCUCUCUAAAGAUUCACCUGCAGCAAAACCCAGAGAAGCUUUGUCUAAACCUGACAAGAGACAUGACAGCAGCAGGUGUCAGAGCUUUCCUCAUGAUGAUGAUGAUGAUGACCACAGGAGGAUCAGGAUCGAUCCACAUCUCCAGCCUCUUCCCUGGCUCAGUGAUGAUGACAUCGAGAAGAUGGAGCUCCUCGCCGGGGGGGAAGUGGUCAGUAAGGCCAGAGUGCCCGCACAUGGACAGAUUCUCCAAGUGGCACUGGGACCUCCCUCAUACCAGCAGCAUUCACCGCCCAUGAGAGAUUCCCUUCAUCGUGGGCAAAGGCGUCCAGAAACUCAUGAUGAAUUCUGUCAGAGGGGGCGCUGUGCCCUGAUCAAACGCACCGACGACUGGUUCGAGGUUUUUUCCUUCCACCUGGACAGAGUUCUGGGACUGAACAGAAGUCUGCCUGCAGUGCUGAGGACUCUCCGCAGUGACGUCCUUCCAUAUCGCUACAUCAGUGGAACCCCGAGGCCCGUAGUGUGGUGGGACCCGGACAUCCAGCACCUCACCGACGCGGACAAUGACCAGAACUCGGUGCCGCUCCGCUGGGUUCAGUACCAGCAACAGCUGCAGGUCCGGUGUGGAAGUGAAAGAGACCUCACGUCAGCGCCGUGUGUUGGAAUCCACCACUCAGAGUGGGGAAGACUGGCCCUCUUCGACUUCUUAUUACAGGUCAACGACCGGCUGGACAGAUACUGCUGCGGUUUCACACCUGAUCCAACAGAAAUGUGUGUGGAGAACCUGCUGCACACCAAGUGUCACAACAGCAAACAGCUGCUGCUUGUUCACAUCCUGGUGAGGAAGGCUGAUCCCUCCAGACUGGUGUUCAUAGAUAACUCCGGCAGACCACAGCAGUCUGCUGACAACCUCAACUUCAGACUGAUUCAAGGCAUCAAUGAGUUUCCAGAGAAAGCCGUGUCCGUGCUUCAGUCCGGCUGUCUCGAGAGUCUUCUCCUGCGCUCCCUGUACGCAGACAGGGAAUUCUGGGACAGCCAAGGCGGAGUCAGCGGCCUCAGGCCUCUCAUCCGUAUGGUGGAGCAAAGAGGGAAGAUCCUCCUGCGGCACAUCAGGGACAGAAAUCUGCAGCUCAAGAGAGACCUGUGACUGAAAUGAGCUGAGCUCGUUCCUUCGCUGUCCUCAUUCAGACGCACAAACACAGCGUUCACACUGAAAUGGGAACAUCCAUGUGGGACCAACCACAAGUCAACUCGGUGCACAGAUGCAGUUAUUAUGCAGUUAUGGAGAAGAUGUAUAGAACAGUUGUCCAUCCAGCUCAUUGUACCCUCAGAUAUACUUGAGUGAACUUGCUUGAAUUUUCUUGACGAUGCUUCACCUGUCAUCCAUGAAGCUCCUUCAGCAAGUCCAGUUGCUGUUAUCAACACUCCUGAUGGUGCAGAAGAAGGAGCACACCAUUUAGAAAUGAGUUUAACUAUUGAAGAUAAGAUUAGCUGCUUUACAAAGUGAGAUUAGUGGCACUUUUCUUGGAAUAUAUUGAAAUUGCCCUGGAAAGGUCCAAUGUUUGAUGCUGCGUUUGAUGUUUGCUUCUGCACAUUGACUUUGUAUGUAAACUCCGGUGUGAACGCAGGAAUUAGCGAGCGCUCUUCUUUAAUUGUGUCGUAACGUUCCACUUCAAUAUUGCAAAUCGCACAUCCAUAGUCAUAGAAACAUGGCGACCUCUGUAAAGCAAGGCCCUCUCCUUAAGUGCACGUGAAAGGAUCAUUCUAAGGUGUCCAAAGCAGAAAGAUUUGAAUUUUACACUGUUUGCACACUUAUACAAACUGGCUGCACGCGCACAUAUUUCACUGUCAUAAAUGUGUUAAAGCGUGUCGAUCAUGCUGCACAUAGAGAAACUAAGACUCUGCUGUGAAAAGAAAUAUUUAAAACUGUACCUUUAAAAUAUAAAAGGAAACAUUCACACAAUAUUGAUCAGCUCCGCUCGAGAAGUAGCGAUUUGUUUUAAGUCAAGAAAGACGAAGGCAACAGCAAAAGAAAUGAAAGUAAGACGAGUCAAUAUACAGAAAUUCUAAGAUAUAAAUCCUUAAAGUCAGUUUGAGCAAGUUAAGGCUCACUUUAAGUAAAUGACCUUGAAUUUCUUUGCUCGUGAUCAAUUAAAUUUCUGUUUUUACCUUAUUUUAAGGAGCAUUACUUGAUUUACAGCAAACUUUGCUCACUCCAUUUUUCAGAUGUAGGCUGCAGCAUAUAAAUAAUAUCACAUCCUUUGUGUUUUCAAGGCCUAAAUAGAGGCCGAAUAAUAACGUCAGCAACGGCACAAACGCUGUGCAGCCUAAACCUGAGAGACGUGUCAGUGAUUUUGUCCUGCUGAUCUGCCAUAAAUGGAAAUACAGACAGACGCUCGUGUCCAUCUCAUUAGGUGAAACGUGCAGCUCGUUCUGUCGCUCAGUAACAUCUCACAGGAUGGAAACGCAAGACAAAUUAUUCUCCCACUCAGCGUCGGCAUCCUCUGCAGCCCGCGCUGCGUAAUUUAGAAAGGGAAGAUUUCUCGAUGUCACUAAUUCACCGAGAGCUAACGGCAGAUUCAUUUGGGCUGAUUUUGGAGCCGCCUGUUGUGUGAGAUAAGCUUUUGCUGCUUUUAAUCAAGGCAUUAAAAAAAAACAUCUGUCAGCAAACAGCUUCUAGGCCCAGAUCCUGGAAGACUUUUCAUAAAAUUGGUCCUUGUUUUUUUGUUAUUUUUGUCAGAGGGGGACUUUUGUUGAGUAACAGUGACACAGAAAAGGCAAACAAUGAAAGGAUUUCUGAAAGCUCAAGUGUCAACUGCACAUUUCUCCUUAAUUGGGUUUGAAUGAAAAGCACAUGGUAUUGUUUUGAAGCCGCUCUCUGCGUCACCUAAAUUAUCCUGACACUCCGUCGCUAAUGGAUUACCGACAGUUCCAGUGACUCACUCUUUCAUCUCUGAAUAAAUGUCUCUAAUGAGAAA